AUAUCUAGUGAGCACCAGGAGAGGGGUUAUAAUUAGGUUUCGACAUAUCGUUUGAGAUAUUUUUCCUGGACAUAGGAAUCAUUAGGAAGACGACGAGACCGCAACUUUCGGAUUGAUUAUAAAUCUGUUGAUGUGGCAGUUCAGUAAUGACAUCCAUCCGUCUUCACGCCUGUUUAGCAGCCAUUUUGGCCUGUAUCACAAGCGCCAGAGGACAGGGCAAUGGGUACUGUACAGUUACCAGUGGAUCGGACACAACCACUCCACAAGACAUGUUACCCUUCCUGCCGGUAUCAUUCCGAACCAAAGUAGAAGCUAAUUUCGUACAUAUGGAUUUAACUUCGACCAUCCAGGAGUAUUUUGACAGCGACGGGAACCGUGGGGCGCUCUCUAUUCAAAACAACGACGAUCUCUUGACACUUAUAUACGACUACAAAACUGGUGAAAUAUUCAAUAUAAAUGGUGAUGGUCGUUGUGUUGUUACGAACAUUACCAGCAACAACUUCUUGUUCGGUGACAAGAUUGUUGAUGGGAAGAAUCACAUUUUCACUUCAAACGGAGCAAUGAAGAUUGGUGGAAAUUGGGCAGAGGUAACAAAGAACAAGACUACAAUACGUGGUAUCAAUGUACGUCAAUGGGAAACCUGUCAAUACUGGAGCGUCUUUAAUGCUACCUUCACAGUCAACUACUAUUUUUCAGACACAGAAUGGGUGCCCUCUAACGGUUUUAGUCCGACCCCUGUUCGAGCCCAUGUCAAGGGUCAGAUCGUGGACUGGCCAGUCACCAGGGACUUUGAACAUUAUUACGAAUAUUUCGAUUUCCAACUGGACAUAGGCGAUGACACUUCAGUAUUUGAGACCCCAAAGGGCGUAGUAUGCCCGGGACGAAAGAAGACAAAGAAAGUGCCUUCUCUGCCCGAUUACUACUAUUAUCGUGAGGAAAUCAUUGAAACACAGGCAGGACUGAUUCAACAUGCUGAUGUUUGGUACGAUCACGAGAACAAGUUACUUCGUUAUGAUUACCGAAACUUCGAGAAAAUUCCCCCAUUUUACAACACAAAUCCGAUCUCGGAGGUACACGACUACUCCACAGGCGUCGCCUAUGUGACUGACAAAAUAGAGGGCUCCUGCUACACUUGGUUUCUUCCAAACAACUCCUUUGAUGCUGCGUUUAACGCCACAGCCUUCAAAGUGAAUGGGUCGUUCGCCCUUCACAUGAAAAAUCCUAUGAAACUUUUUUAUUUGGACGACACGUACACAUAUGAAGGACAGACAACGGUUCGUGGUGCCAUGUGUGACAGGUUUAUUUCCGCCAGGACUGAUUUUCUUAUACCGGGCGCUGGUAAUAUGGGCAAAGUCAACUCCACCUUUACCUAUUAUUUCUUAUCUAGCAAUUUUAACGAAAUAACCAACACAGGAGUGGACCAAAGCACCCAGAUGCCUUUCAGACUGGAGAUCACCACUAAUGGGGGAUUUGAAGCUGUUUACAAUUUCCUGGACUUUGACACUGACCGCCCACCAUUCUCAGUGUACGACGUGAAGAGCUGUUACGCAGAGGAGAACCGACUGAAAAUCAAAAUGAGAUUCCCAGUGUCAUACUCGAUCGAGGCGGCUGAAGUUCUCCGCCUGGAGUCACAAAUACAGCUAGCUGAGGUCAUGCAGAUCUCCCCAAUCCGGCUUCAAGACGUGGUACUGGAUUAUGACAAUGCUGACAUGUAUGUCACUGUGACGAUACUUGGCCCUCCUCCACCAGGCGCGGAAUUCACGUUUAUUCCAAAGAAGGAGAUUGUGAAGGAAGAUGACAAAACAAUACCGGAUGUGACAGAUCCCAACCAGUGUGCCCAAUACUGUGUGGAGGAGACGGACUUCACAUGCAAGAGUUAUGACCUAUGUAAAUCUGAUAAGUCUUGCAGGCUUAGCAAAGCUCACAUUGAUGACGGCAAGGCAGUUUUGGUGGAUAGCAAGUGUAAUCACUUUUCAAGAACGGUAGACGGAUCGUACAGUCCACAGACACCUUUACUGGACGCCUAUGGGGUAUUAAGUCAGGCGGUGUACAAUCGGGAAUACACUAUGGAAGUGCCACUCAUAGAGAAUGGACAAACUGUUCCCAUUCAAGCUGUUGAGGUACAAAUUGUGUAUGGUCAUUUAUUCAAGAGUGAUGUCCCCUCUAUUACUGGCCAGUAUUUCUACCGGCAGGAAAUUGCCAUACCUCAGGUGAAUUUGGUGGAACAAGCCAAUGUGUGGUAUGAUUCGGCCUAUAAACUGGUCCGAUUCGAUAAGAGAGAAACCACAGCUAAGCCUCCAUUCUAUAGUACAAAUCCAAUGUCCUUCAUUCAUGAUUUCAAUACAGGCAUCCAGUACAGCAUUGACAAACUGUUAGGCAACUGUUCAAUGUCAGCCAUACAGAAUGAUACUUUUGACACGGCGGCAAAUCUCUCACUCAAACUCAGAGACGGAUCUUUUGUAUCAAGGAUGAAAAAUCCGCUGGAACUCUUUUACUUGGAUAGCAGUUACAAACCAGCUGGCCAGCGAACGGUUCGUGGUGUACUUUGUGACGUGUUCGAGGCUACGAGGACAGAUUUCCGGUUACCUGGCAUUGACAUGCAGCUUAACACUACAUUUCAAUACUUCUUUUUGGCAGAUAGCUGGUCUGAAUUAUCGGAUUCUACUAGGUCAUCUGAUCAAGACGUUCCAAUACGGUUGGAUAUUGUAUCUCCCUCCGUUGGAUUCCUGGCAACUUACAGCUUCUUCGACUUUGAUGAACAGCACCCAGACUUGAAAAACUUUGAUGUUGGCGCAUGUUACAAUGAUGAUAAAAAAAUUCGAUUUCAAGUACAGUUCAACAAUACCUACCACCCGUACCUGGACAGCACUCGGGCAUACUUUGAGAUGGCAGUUCGCUUGACUAUGGCUUCUGACCUAGAAAUUACCACACUGAGAAUACAGGACAGCCGUAUUGACUAUGACGAGAAGAGCGUUUACUACACGGCUACUCUCCUGGACCGAGCCCCUCCAUCUGCUCAAUACGUGUUAACUGCUGGAACGCGCAGUCAGUUCAAGGAUGACAAACAGGUGAAAGGCGUUACCAAUCCAGAUCAGUGCGCUGUAUAUUGUUCCCAGGAGAGUACUUUCCCGUGCAACAGUUUUGACUGGUGUCCCAACACACAAACCUGUGCUCUCAGCAAGCGGCAUGUAAGCGAAGGACAACUACAAGAAGAAAAGGCAUGCCUUCAUUUCUCCCGUGAUGUAAAUGCUCCGACUAAAGUUGAGAUAGAACUUUCCGAAUCUUGGGACGCAUUGAGAGAUAUUGUAUAUAAAGCCGCCUUCACCGUCAAAAUCCCAUAUGGCAAUAAGCUUUACCCUUUCACGGCUGUUUCCAUCAAAGAUAUCCUUUUCACGGAUGGUCCAGCAGUACUCCAAGAAGAAAAUAACAUCAAGAAGUUCAAAGUGCAGAGCACGAACACUGCCAUCAAAGUCCCAAAGACCCGCCUGCCCAAGCUGUCUGUAGACGACUGUGCCACAGCCUGUAUCGCUGAGGAGACCUUUAGUUGUGAAGGGUUUGACUACUGCUUCAGUGACGGAGAUUGCUUUCUAACCGAUAGGCACCCAGACUCUGUUCCGGCCAACUCUACUACCCUCACAUCUUUGUGUGAUCUUUACGCACGAAACUACGUAGAUGACUUUACAGUGACGCCAGGCAACACGGUACUCCAGACGGGCGCCAAAACGGUAACAUCUGUGUCUACACCUAACGAUUGUGCCCGAUUGUGUGAACGAGAAACCGGAUUUGUGUGCAAGUCGUUCGACUUCUGUGGCCAGCUGCAGCGCUGUGUUCUUGGAAAGAAGCAUGUGUUUGAUAUUCCAGUCAGCGACGUAGAGGUCAAUCCACAGUGCAGUCAUUAUUCCCGACGCUACGUGGACGAUUUUAAACUCUCCUUGGGGAAGAUGAUAGUCUUCAAAGAUAACUACAUCAUUAAUGGCGUGAGUGGUGAGGAGUGCGCAAAACUGUGUGUAGAGGAAGAAAGUUUCAGCUGCAAGAGUUUUGACUUUUGUGCCAAUACAACCCAAUGUAGGCUGAGUUCGGCUAACCUUGAUGGAAUUGGACAGGUUACCAUCCAAGACAGCGCAUAUUGCAACCAUUAUACCCGGCAGUACUUCCCAAACGGUACCAAAUACAACUCCAAACCUCACAAACAAUACAAUCCACCCAAUAAUAAGGAACCCACUGGAUAUUCAGCAGGUACGUUGGCUGGUGUGUCGAUAGGCAUGGCAGCUCUGGGAGCCAUUAUAGCUUUGGUCAUAUUUGCCAUUUUCCAGAAGAAAAGGCAUUCCACGUCGGACUCAUUUACGCCCACUGUCAACUUUACCAGACAUAUCGACGAAUAAAUCAAAAGCUACGAAUUUAUUCGAUUUUCUAAGUAAUGUGUGCCCUGUCUGCGCUCUCCAUAAUCCGAAUUGUGUCUUUUUCACGAAUUCAACAGAAACAGGGAUAAAUCUCUAAAUUAUAUUUUCUAGAUACCUGUCUUUCAUUAAGUUUUAGCACAUAGUGUGUUUAUACAAAGCGAGUGUAAACUUAGUGAUAAAUAAGAAAGAAUCAGAAAAUGUCUUUUAAAGGAAAGAUGGAUAUCUCUUUCAUGACUUAUCUGAAGAAUCUUCUACGGCAGAGCGCGGCCUAUUGAUAUUCAGACAAGUUUUUAACAUCCCAGACUAUCUUAAGGAUCUGUUGAUGGUGUUUCCACGAAUGUAAGCUAUUGCUUUAGUCUUUGCUACCAAAUAUAUGUAUAAUAAAAUUGAAUAAAAAUGAU